ACACUGCCAGAACACUGAGAGAUAUCCGGUAUUGAUGUAACUGGAGUGAAUAAGGGAAUCUUCUUUCUGAGCACAGACAUUGGAGCCUGUUAUCAGCAUGAGUUCAUAUGGGUUAGACACAGCCAUAGCACUGAGAGAUAUCAGGUAUUGAUGUAACUGGAGUGAAUAAGGAAACCUAAUUCCUGAGCACAGACAUUGGAGCCUGUUAUCAGCAUGAACUCAUAUGUGUUAGACAAACACGUGAAUAGUUCAUAUCCAUCCUUCACUACAGAAAGCAUCAGAAUGAUUCCGCAAACUCCAAUAGACACCAAUGACUAUUCAUAAACAUUGGGGAUAUCACAGCAGAUAUUUAGAGAGGAUAGUGAAUUGGCAGGAACUGGUCAGCAAUCAUGUACAGAGAGUAAUUUAGUCAUCAAACAAGAGGACAACAUUUAUGCCUUAUCUAGUGAAAUUAUUAUCCCAGAGGAUAAACCACAAAUAUUUACUGAGUUUUCUAAACCUAUAGAAGGGAAAAGUCUACAGUCUAACCAAAUGAUUCAUACAAAGGAGAAACCUUUCAAAUGUACAGAAUGUGAGAAAAGCUUUAGAUGGAAAGCUCAUCUACUAGAACACCAGAAAAUUCACACAGGUGAGAAACCACACACAUGUACUGAGUGCGGCAAAUGUUUUACAGGAAAGGGUCAUUUGAAAACUCAUGAAAGGAGUCACACAGGAGAAAAGCCUUUCACAUGUACAGAGUGUGGAAAAUGUUUUACCUUAAAAAGUAAUCUGAAAACUGAUGAAAGGAGUCACACAGGAGAAAAGCCUUUCACAUGUACAGAAUGUGGAAAAAGUUUUACACUAAAGAGUACUCUGAAAACUCAUGAAAGGAUUCACACAGGAAAAAAGCCUUUCACAUGUACAGAAUGUGGAAAAUGUUUUACAUUAAAGAGUCAACUGAAAACUCAUGAAAGGAGUCACACAGGAGUAAAGCCUUUCACAUGUACAGAGUGUGGAAAAAGUUUUACACGAAUGGAUCAUCUGAAAACUCAUGAAAGGAUUCACACAGGAGAAAAGCCUUUCACAUGUACAGAAUGUGGAAAAAGUUUUACACUAAAGAUUCAUCUGAAAACUCAUGAAAGGAUUCACACAGGAAAAAAGCCUUUCACAUGUACAGAAUGUGGAAAAAGUUUUACACUAAAGAUUUAUCUGAAAAUUCAUGAAAUGAUUCACACAGGAAAAAAGCCGUUCACAUGUACAGAGUGUGGAAAAAGUUUUACACAAAAGAGUAGUCUGAAAAUUCAUGAAAGGAUUCACACAGUAAAAAAGCCUUUCACAUGUACAGAGUGUGGAAAAUGUUUUAUACAUAAGAGUAGUCUGAAAAUUCAUGAAAGGAUUCACAUAGGAGAAAAGCUUUUCACAUGUUCAGAGUGUGGAAAAUGUUUUUCACAAAUGGAUCAUCUGAAAACUCAUGAAAGGCUUCACACAGGGGAAAAGCCUUUCACAUGUACAGAGUGUGGAAAAAGUUUUACACAAAAGAGUUAUCUGAAAAGUCAUGAAAGGAUUCACACAGGAGAAAAGCCUUUCACAUGUACAGAGUGUGGGAAAUGUUUUACACAAAAGAGUUAUCUGAAAAGUCAUGAAAGGAUUCACACAGGAGAAAAGCCUUUCACAUGUACAGAGUGUGGAAAAAGUUUUACAGCUAAAAGUAAACUGAAAACUCAUGAAAGGAUUCACAAGGGCAGAAACCUUUCACAUGAGAAACCUUUCAAAUCUACAGAAUGUGAGAACAUCUUUAGAUGGAAGUCUCAUCUACUAGAACACCAGAAAAUUCACACAGGUGAGAAACCACACACAUGUACUGAGUGUGGCAAAUGUUUUACACAAAUGUAUAAUCUCAAAACUCAUAAAAAGAUUCACACAGGAGAAAAGCCUUUCACAUGUACAGAGUGUGGAAAAAGUUUUACACGAAAGAGUGAUCUGAAAAAGCAUGAAAAGAUUCACACAGGGGAAAAGCCGUUUACAUGUACAGAGUGUGGGAAAAGUUUUACAGAAAAAAGUCAUCUGAAAACUCAUGAAAGGAUUCACACAGGAGAAAAGCCUUUCACAUGUACAGAGUGUGGAAAAUGUUUUACAGAAAAGAGUAAUCUGAAAACUCAUGAAAGGAUUCACACAGGAGAAAAGCCUUUCACAUGUACAGAGUGUGGAAAAUGUUUUACAGAAAAGAGUAAUCUGAAAACUCAUGAAAGGAUUCACACAGGAGAAAAGCCUUUCACAUGUACAGAGUGUGGAAAAUGUUUUACAGAAAAGAGUAAACUGAAAACUCAUGAAAGGAUUCACACAGGAGAAAAGCCUUUCACAUGUUCAGAGUGUGGGAAAAGUUUUACAGAAAAAAGUCAUCUGAAAACUCAUGAAAGGAUUCACACAGGAGAAAAGCCUUUCACAUGUACAGAGUGUGGAAAAAGUUUUAUACUAAAGAGUGAACUGAAAAUUCAUGUAAGGAUUCAUACAGGAGAAAAGCCUUUCGCAUGUACAGAGUGUGGAAAAUGUUUUGCACAAAUAAUUAGUCUGAAAACUCAUGAAAGGAGUCACACAGGAGAAAAGCCUUUUACAUGUACAGUGUGUGGAAAAAGUUUUAUACAAAAGAGUGAACUGAAAAGUCAUGAAAGGAGUCACACAGGAGAAAAGCCUUUCACAUGUACAGAGUGUGGAAAAUGUUUUACACGAAAGAGUGAUCUGAAAAAGCAUGAAAUGAGUCACACAGGAGAAAAGCCUUUCACAUGUACAGAGUGUGGAAAAUGUUUUAGAGAAAAGAGUAAACUGAAAACUCAUGAAAGGAAUCACACAGGAGAAAAGCCUUUCCCAUGUACAGAGUGUGGGAAAAGUUUUACAGAAAAAAGUCAUCUGAAAACUCAUGAAAGGAUUCACACAGGAGAAAAGCCUUUCACAUGUACAGUGUGUGGAAAAAGUUUUAUACAAAAGAGUAAACUGAAAACUCAUGAAAGGAUUCACACAGGAGAAAAGCCUUUUACAUGUAGAGAGUGUGGAAAAUGUUUUACAUUAAAAAGUAAUCUGAAAACUCAUGAAAGGAGUCACACAGGAGAAAAGCCUUUUACAUGUAGAGAGUGUGGAAAACGUUUUACAUUAAAAAGUAAUCUGAAAACUCAUGAAAGGAGUCACACAGGAGAAAAGCCUUUCGGAUGUACAGCGUGUGGAAAAUGUUUUACACAAAUAAUUAGUCUGAAAACUCAUGAAAGGAGUCACACAGGAGAAAAGCCUUUUACAUGUACAGAGUGUGGAAAACGUUUUACAUUAAAAAGUAAUCUGAAAACUCACAAACGGAUUCACAAGGGAAGAAAACUUUAACAUGUUUGGAAAGUGCAAAAAAUGUUUUUACUGAAAUCAGGUAUCACAAAACACCAAAUAUUUACACACAAAUAAACUUGUUUAUAAAUAC